GACUGUCCACCCGUCAGUAUGGAGGUGAAGAAGCACGAGAAAGCCGGCAGCCUGUCGCCAGUGAAGCAAGCCUUGAAGCGAGACAGCGGAGACGAGGCCAAGACCCCGCGCUCUAGCAGCAAGGGCGAGAAGGAACUCAGGCUACCACCAGAGAAGUCUCCCAGCGAAGAUGCCGCGCUGAGAAGGGAGCGAAGGCUGUCUCGAGCUAGCGAGAAUUCAAGAGAAAAUCUUGACAGGCAAGACUCGAAAACACCGUCGCUAUCAAGUCCAAAAGUAUCCCGAAAAUACUUCACCAACUGGCGCCAAGCAUGCGACAAGACCAAAGAUAAGACCAAGGAGCUGCUGAAGCGGUGGAGGACCUUGCCGGAGUCUGAAGGCGCGGAGUCACCCAUGCAGGAGUCAGGGCACAGCGAGGAGGGAGAGAAUCGAGGGUGGAGUGUGCAUGUCUGGACAACAUGGGUGAACCGGUGCAGCGAGGAUCUAGAAUGUCUAGACCUCGAGGACGAGCAGCCGCUGGCUCAGCUCAGCUCGAUGCAGACAGACAAAAUGACCUUAUUCUUCACUGAGUUACUGGACCACGACCGCGAUGACGUCAUCUGUGAUACUGACUUCGAUCAAUUCUUCGAGAGGUUGGCGCAUUUCGCGGACUGGUCGCCGAACUCGUCGGAGUUCCACAUUCUGCUUGAGGUGAAACAGGAGUUUAUAGAACACUUUAUCAACCCGCUGCCGACCAAAUAUGCCGAGCUUCCUUACUACAGAAGAGUUUGCGGUCCAGAAGCGAGCGGUAUCAACAUCCCCGGCAGGACAACACUCGAGGGCUGGCUCGCGCGCUGGGCGCUGCAUCUCAGCACGAUGAAACGGUUCACAGAUCUGCCUUUAUACCUCCAGUACCUCUGCAAGAUCCUAUUUCAUGUAGUCGACAGAACAGGUUCCGGUGCUAUUACGAAGCCAGCUUUAGCAGAAUUCUACCGGUCCGUUAUAGGGCUGAAAGCAACGCGAGUCGAAGAAAUCAUAGACACAGCUUACGAUCGCAUGACAAGCAACGGAUACUUAAUACUGGACUACGGGACAUACGUGCACUGCUUCACUAACUGGCUGAUGGGCAAGAACCCCAAUGGUCCAGGCCAGUGGGUCCUAGUUCCACCUAAAGUGGCCCUGCCCCAGCCGCCCUUCCCCGUCGACUACAGCGCACUAAACACGGAACCAGCUAAACUAGAACCCUACGCACCAGACAAGAAAACAAACAGACAUUCGGUCAUAGUAUAAAAAUACUUUCCUACUAUCCCUAAAAAGUCAAUUCUUAAAAGCGUCCUGUUUUUUGGCACGUGUUACGUAAAUAUGUUAUGAACCCAACGCAUAAUGACUUAAAAGCCCAAUACUCGACGCCCGGACUAACGAAUGUUCGAAAACCGUAUUCGUGAAUUUAUUUUUUGUGAAAAACUUAGGAAUUGAUGCACUGAGCUAUAUCACGAGGACUCUUGACGUAGAAUAAUGAGAAAUCUCAACGCUGUAUUGUGACGAAUGAAACUUUGUAUUUAUAGUGUUAGAAUAUAGGUUUCUAUUAUAAUUGAUGAACGUUCAAUAACAACUGUGAACAGUUACAUAAUGCUCGCCUGCCUAAUGAGAAUGGACGGAACGCGCAAUUAGUUUAUAUAUUAUACAACCUAUACCUACGUGUGGUAUCGGUAAAUCUUAUGAAGACAAUGUAGACAUAAUAAUAUGACUUAAUGUGAAUCCUGAAUGACUUUCUAAAAGAGAAAUGUCUCAUAAUCAGUUAAUACCCUGUCUACAAAUAUUAAUGUAAACCAAUACCUUACCUAAGCAUUUCUAUAACCGCCUUAAUUCUAAAAUAUGAUUUUAAACCUAUUCUAGUUUUGCUUGAACGUGAAAGUAACGCUUUACCUAACUUACCUAUAAAACGUGCAAUUUGACCAAUUCUUGUCUUUAUACAAUCUAGAUAAGUCGAUGUAAAUAGUAGUUGUAAUUAUGCACGGUAUGCAAAAACUGCCUUAAAGUUAGCAUAUUCACAUUUCACGACAUAGCCUUAUUUUAUACCCUAGAUGUAAUAUAGAUAUUAUAGGUUACUUUUAAGUAUAUUAGUUAUCUACACUUUGAUUCACUGAAAUAAACCCUUUCGUUUGUUA